AUAGAGCGCCACACCGCUACCGUAAUUGUAGGCGGCAAGCGGCGGUAUCUGAAGCACGACUAUCGUCGCGCAGCCGCGGCACGGCCCCGACAAAAGCCUCAGAGCUCAGAACCCCUAAUCAAAUAUCUUUUCACUUUCGCUUUACUUCUCUUCCUACCCGCUUCUUUUUCGCGACACAGGGAAGUGAAAGCCGAGCUAUAGAAAGCUAGGUUUAGGUGAUCGCUGGUGGGGAUGGGCAACUGCUGCCGCUCGCCGGCGGCGGUCGCCCGUGAGGACGUCAAGGCUGACUUUCAUGACCGCAAGCAAGGAGGAGGGGGUGGCGCCGGAGGCAAGGUCCAAAACGGCGGCGCUGGCGGUGUGAAGCGGCUGACGGUGCUCACGGACGGGAGCUGGGACGCGAGAUCGGGUGGGAUCGAGGAGAAAUACAUGAUUGACGGGGAGCUGGGGCGGGGGGAGUUUGGGGUAACCUAUCUAUGCAUGAAUCGGGACACGCGUGAGCUUCUGGCCUGCAAGUCCAUCUCAAAGCGCAAGCUCCGGACCUCCGUCGACGUCGAGGAUGUCCGUCGCGAGGUGGCCAUCAUGCGGCACUUGCCCAGGAACCCUAGUAUUGUCAGCCUCAGGGAGGCCUGUGAGGACGACAAUGCCGUGCAUUUGGUCAUGGAGUUGUGCGAGGGUGGGGAGCUCUUUGAUAGGAUCGUGGCGCGCGGGCACUACACAGAGAGGGCUGCGGCGGCGGUUACUAAAACGAUUAUGGAGGUCGUGCAGCUAUGUCAUCUGCACGGAGUCAUCCAUCGGGAUCUUAAGCCGGAGAAUUUCCUCUUUGCGAAUAAGAAGGAGAACUCCCCACUAAAGGCCAUCGAUUUUGGGUUAUCCAUAUUCUUCAAGCCCGAACAUCCUUGGAUUCAAAAUGCUAAGAAAGCUCCAAAUGUUCCUCUUGGUGAUGUCGUCAAAUCAAGGCUAAAGCAAUUCACAAGGAUGAAUAGGUUUAAAAGAAGAGCUUUACGGGUUAUUGCUGAACACUUAUCUACUGAAGAAGUUGAAGAUAUGAAAGGUAAGUUUAAGAUGAUGGACACUGACAAUGAUGGCAUUAUUUCUUGCGAGGAGCUCAAAAAUGGACUUGUAAAAUUUGGUUCCCCGCUUGUAGAGUCUGAACUGCAAAUGCUUAUUGAAGCAGUGGAUACCAGUGGAAAGGGAAAGCUGGACUACGGUGAAUUUGUUGCAAUCUCCCUUCAUUCACAGAAGAUGGCGAAUGAUGAGCACCUCCGACGGGCCUUCUCAUACUUCGAUAAGGAUGGAAAUGGCUAUAUCGAGGCCGAAGAGCUUCGAGAUGCCCUGGCCGAAGAUGGAGCUACAGAUAACGCAGAUGUAGCUAAUGACAUCUUACAAGAAGUUGACACCGACAAGGAUGGUAGGAUCAGCUAUGAUGAGUUUGUGGCAAUGAUGAAAACUGGAACGGAUUGGAGGAAAGCUUCAAGGCAUUACUCGAGAGGAAGAUUCAACAGCCUUAGUAUCAGAUUGAUGAAGGAUGGCUCACUAAACUCUGUGGGUGGAGGUGAGUGAUAGAGAUGAUUAGAAUAUUGUUUUUCUAUUGCUGAUUUUUUGAUUGCGGUAAUCCAACUCCAUCAUUGCCAAGACAUUGCCCCCCGUCACCAUGAUUUGGCUUUGCUGUGUAAUUAGUUUCAUCCCCAGAGAGUACUGUUGGUUUGUUUUGCUGUUUGAUUCUGAAAUUGCUUCAUUCUAUGACCUGCAAGCUUUGUACAAUGUUUGCUUAUUGUGUUAAGUUUUCAGUUGAUUAUUGGUGAAAGUGUUUCAACUUCAUUGCAA